AUGGCUUCUCAAAGCCAUCAUCAAGAUUCAAGUUUUGCAAAGAGAACAUCAGAUCAAGGACCCCUCCCAAGCAAAGUUGCUCAAAGUAGUGUGACAUAUAUGUACCAAGCCAACAUAGGAAGGUGUUGGCGAAAUGUGAGCUUCUCAUGGUGCAAAACCCUAAUGAACCACACAUUACAUCUUACAAUUGAUAGCACAAUUGGAAAACUUCAUUACACUUGCAAGAUGGACGUGAAGCCAUGGAGUUUCUGGAGCAGGAAAGGCUACAAAUCAUUUGACGUCGAGGGCCACCAAAUUGAAGUCUAUUGGGACUUCCGAUCGGCAAAAUUCUCCGGCGGAUGCCCCGAACCGACUAGCGACUACUAUGUAGCUAUUGUAUCUGAUGAUGAGGUGCCAUUGUUGGUGGGGGAUUACAAGAAGAAAGCAUACAAGAGAACAAAAUCUAAACCAGCCCAAAUUGAAGCCAUGCAAGUUUUAAAGAAAGAAAAUGUGUUCGCCAAGAAAACCUUUGUGACCAGGGCGAGAUUCAAUGACGAGAAGAUGACGACGACGGCGAUGACAAAGACAAAGAUGAAAGAAAGUGAAGUUAUCGUGGAGAGCUUGACGAGUAGUGGUGCAAGUGAGCCAGAAAUGUCAAUAUACAUAGAAGGAGUAAAGUUGAUACAUGUGAAGAAUCUUCAAUGGAAGUUUCGAGGGAACGAGACGGUGAUGAUUAAUAAUGAGAAAGCAAUUCAAGUGUUUUGGGAUGUUCAUGCUUGGUUAUUUAGUGGCUCAGAACAAUCAGAAGGAGGAGGGCCUGGUGUGUUCAUAUUCAAGCCAGGAUUUGCAGAAGCAGAAGAAUCACAGACGAGUGAUAGAGAAGGUUGGGAUAAUGAUGAUGGUAAUUCUUCUGGGUAUUAUUCAACUAGAAAUGCCUCCUCUGGAUUUUGCCUUGUUCUUUGUGCCUAUAAAUUAGAUUAA